AUGCCUCCCGACUCUGCUCGACAGUCAGGUGUGAGCGCGGAGCUUGGGAGGACAUCGCCUGGCGUACCCGAGGACGCUCUGAAAUCCUGGCAUCAACAGUACAACGCGCAAGACGGCGGCUCCCUCAGGUCUGAACACACUAUCAUCAGAGCUGUCAAGUCUGACGUGCUCGACAACGAGCGGGUUGAGGCCGAAGUGCAGCAACUCAUCCCAGCAGCAGAUGUUGCCGGCGGAUUUUGCGCAAAAUGCCGGCAUCUUCUGGAAAACUGGCCGAUGCUGAUGUUUCCAGAUAUCAGAGAUCACGCCGUUGGCAGAUACUUCCACAUUAAUGAACUCGAGGCAGCCGCGCGCCUGGGGUGUAGGUUCUGCGCGCUGCUCCUGUCAAGGCUGGAACAUGACCACCUCCUAGACGUGUUCCAGAAGAUAGAGGUUCGACUUCGCGAUGUUGGCGACAGUGCGACUGCUUCAUUGUCAAUAUCGGAGCAUGAAGAGUUUGCACGAUACAAUAUGCAGAUCCUCUGGUUGAACUUUCCGGGGAAAAUCGCAAGCCAUAUCAGCGAGCCUUCUGCGACCAAUGUCAUGUUCUGUUCAUGUAUCUUGCCGCCAUCAGUUAAGCUGUGGGAGCAUCCUGUCGACGAUCCUUUCGAGAUAGCUAGAAUGUGGUUGGCAAGGUGUUCCGAGUCGCAUGAAUGCUGCCGCAGCAAAAGGCAGCUUCGGCCGCCAUCCAGGCUGAUCUCCAUCGGCCAUGGCGUCGUGAAACUGGUAGUCACGGCUAGCUUACCCGCGCCUCCUCGGUAUGCUACCUUGAGUUACUGUUGGGGCAGCGAACCGUUCACCAUGCUGACCCAAGACAACAUGGCUCUGUUCCUGGAUCGCAUCCCGCUGGGUGAACUGCCACGGACCUUUCUUGACGCCAUCGACGCUUCACGCCGACUUGGAAUAGACUACGUCUGGAUCGACGCUCCAUGUAUCAUACAGAAAGAAGAAAACAACAGCGAUUGGGAGAAUGAAGCAGGCCUCAUGUCGGCGGUUUACGGCGGCACGUUCGUCAACCUCGCCGCGUCUACUGCAACCAGCGUCCAAGAGAGAUUUAUGCACAGCACGAGGCCAAAACACUACAACGGGGGCUUUAUUGCCCGAGUCACAUCAAACGACUACUGCAGAGUCCAAAACUUCCACAGCUACGAUCCUGAUGACGGAUCGAUUACUGAGACCCACUUGGCCACGAGAGCAUGGGCUCUCCAAGAAAGGCUCCUGUCGCCUCGUACGAUCUACCUUGGCAAGACUGGCCUGUUCUGGGAAUGUCGCACUCACAUCAGCUCGGAGUUCCUACCGGACGGGUUCGGGUUCCCAGGCUUAAGUGGCGAGAACUCGGUCGUUGCGGAGGAUGUACCUUGGAACUGGAGGAAAAUCGUCGAGCAGUACUCCAAGGCCAAAUUAACAGAGACCGUACCGAUUUUCUCGAUUGAGAUGGACCAGCGCAUUGUGUCUAACCUUGUCCCUCUCACCGUUGUCAAGGGCGCUGGCCACGAGUUCAUCCCCCUUCCCCAGGGGGAGAACGCGACUGUUGCCGAUUUUCACUCAAUCCGAACAAAGACCACCGACUCUCCGAGUUACUUCACCUCCGGGUUCUAUAAGAUCACCGCCGGGCCUGCUCGACCCGCUUAUUAUACUUUUGAGGAGACCAAGUAUGUUUUAAGUGGUCAGAUCGAUAUCUUGGAUGAAGCUACUGGCAUUACUCACCAUCUCGUGCCCGGAGACUUUGCUUUCUUCCAUGUCGGAUCAAAGGUGAAGUUCUCGACCAAGUCCAAUGGUUUUGCCUUCUAUGCUGUCACUCGACCUGUCAAAACUCCUCACCCCAAUCUUCAAGGCCGAGAGGAGGAAGCGAAAGCCAGGUUGUAA